CGCACACGGAUGGGCUAUUGACUGAACAAAAAUAACUUACAUUGUAUAGUAAGUUAUAUUAUACUGUGCAUUCUUGUUGUAACGUUAUAAGUCCACGGUGUUGGUGGAUGUUAUUUUAAUUCUUAUUUAAACGCACCCCUCACACACCCCCCAUGAACCUCCCGUGGCGGGAACUUAAACCGACUUACUGCUCCGCCCCUCCUGGGACCUUCUCAUCCAAUCACAGCGGCAGAUGGCCGGGGGGGGGGCGGGGGGGGCAACUUCACCCCACGCGCUCGUUUCCCGCGUCUCGUUUCCUCACCCCCCGCCUCGGCAACACCGAGUCGACCAAUCGGCGCCGAGGUGGUGGGGCUUCGCGCGUGGCGCGGACCAAUGGGAGCGCGAGUUGCCCACCUGGGCGCGCGCGGCCGAAGUUUCCCGCGCGUUUUCUCUCCCUCGCGGGGGCCUUUCCCCCCCCCCCACCCCCGGCUUUUUUCCCGCCAAAUUUCAAAGACGAACCGUCAUGGCGGCCUGAGAGUGGUGGCGAAUUAAAAAAAACACACAACUCCUGAGGGAGAUUUUAAAAAUAUAAAAAAAAGCCUGAGGUAAACGAUGUUCCCCAACGUUCAGCCGUGUUUCCAACUGCUCCGCAUCGGCGCGCCGGCGUCUGGCCACGGCGUGCGCGACCUCUACACGUUCGUGCCGGGCGGCGAGCGCUGCUCGGCGGAUCUGGGCCGCGCGGAGGGCCGCGUCCACGUUUGCCUUCGCUCGGCGUCGCGGCCCGCGCUGCUGUCCCGCCUCCACGCCUCCCUCACGGCCGAGCGCUGCGGCAACGGUCGCGGCGGCGGUGGCGGAGCGGGGUCACGGAGGUACAGGGUCUACAUCACGGACCACAGCUCCAGCGGCACGAGCGUGAACGAGCGGCGAGUGGAGCGGGGGGACCGGGUGGAGCUGCACGAUGGAGACACUGUGUUGCUGGGCCCCGCUCAGACAAACGCUCGUGGCGCAGACUCAGAGUUCCUCUUCCUCUUCCAGAAGGUGGACGUGAGGCCGGACGACUUCGACGCGAUCCCAAUGUCGAGCUGCCCGCCGCGUCGCCGCCACUCCGCACCGGCCACACCUCCCGCCACGACGACCCCGGCCCCAACGACGCCGGUGACACCGACACCGGCACCGCCUCCACGCGCCCUCAUCCUCACCUCCAUCGGCAGCAUCAGCAAGCUUCAGGCGUCCUCGCUCACCUACCACCCGGGCCGCGGCACCAACGGUGGCGCCGCCGCCGCCGCCACUCCCACUGACCCGGUCGGCCACGCCGACGCAGCCGGCACGGAACAGCAGCAGCAGCAGCAGCGUCGGCAGCGGCCGGCUUCCGAGUCCGACCCCCUGUUGGCGCCCACCCGCAAGCGGCAGCGCAAGCCGGUGCACACGGUGCGGCGCGACCUGGACACGGAGGUCACCGCGAGCCGACCCCACCGCGACCUCCGCUGCCCAGAAGUCACGGUGACCCGGAGGCUCCUCUCGGACGGAUUAUCACGAUCGUCGCCGUCGUCAUCGCCAUCGCCGCCGCCGUCGCCGCGGUCUCGCUCCUCGUCUGACGACGACGAUGACGAUGUGGACGACGGUGACGGUGCCAGUGGUAAUGACGAGGAGGAGGAGGAGGAGGUGGUGAAGGAGGAGGAGACGAUGGAGGGACGGGGUUGGGAGCGGCGCCUGAUGGAGUCGCGCACAGCGGGAUUUGGGGGGGCUGCGGGGAGACCUCAGGGGGGGCGCGGAGCCCACAGAGGAAGUGGAGGCGCCAGGAGGAAUGCUGGGAGCUGCCAGCGCACCACUGGAACCGGGAGACCGCGGGGCCGCCCCAGGAAGAACUCCUCUCCACUGGCAGCGGCGGCGCCAUCGCCGGCGUCGCUCGCCAGGACCCCAAGUUCUUACUCCAAGACGCCGGCAUCUCUCGUCAGGAUCCCCAAGCCACUCGCCCAGUCGCCGCCCGUAUCCCUCGGCUGGAGCCCAGCGUUCUCCAGCAGGACCCCACCAUCGCUCACAGCAGCAGCAGCAGCAGCAGCAGCGGCAAAGAGCCCAGCGGCCUCAAAGAAAACUGGAGCGGCCGCCAGGGGCCCUGUCGGAGCGGCGGUGAAGAACGCUGUAAAAAGCACGGCAAAGGAUGCGGUCGCGUCUGUGCGCGGUGCGGUGUGGAACGCGGCGAGGGGCCUUGCCGGUGGAGCCGCGGUUGAAGAGGAGGACGAGGAGAGUGAUGACGAGGGGGCGGUGGCCGCGGUGGCCUCUGUGGCCGCGGUGGGGGGUGGGGAGGCUUGCGCCGCGCGCCGCUGCCUGCGCCCGCAGGAUGAGACGCUGGACUGGGUGCAGUGCGACGCGUGCGACGCCUGGUUCCACAUGGCGUGCGUGGCAUACCGCCCCGAGCACGGGGACUUCCACUGUGGGUGCUCCUAGCGAGGGCCGGUGGUGAGUGGGUGGGUGGGUGAAUGAGUGGAGGAAUGAGCGAGGGAGUAGGGUGGGUGAGUGAAUGAACAAGUGCCUGGGUGAGUUAGGGGCUGUGUGGGCAAGUGAGAGGGUGAGUGGGUUUAGGGGUUGG